UCCAUCCAGUCCCACUGCACGUCUACUGUCUACACCACACCACAGUGCGCGCACCACACGGGGGAAGCGGGGCGUAGAUAGGGAUGUCGUGGGAGGAGCCCGGCAGCCCGCAGCUGAGCCUGAGCGGCUUCAGCUCCCUCGCCUCCAUCUCCAGCACCGCCGCUCCGCCCGCCCGCCUGCCCUCCCUCUCCCUCAGCAUCGGCACCGGCGGGGAGGACCAGCAGCCGGGCGUCAGCAGCGACGACGGCCACAAGAGCGUCCGGGCGAUGAAGAACCGGGAGUCGGCGCUGCGGUCCAGGGCCAGGAAGAGAGCCUACACGCAGGAGCUCGAGAAGGAGGUCCGCCGGCUCGUCGAGGACAACCUCAAGCUCAAGAGACAGUGCAAACAGCUUCAGUCGGAGAUUGCCGCGCUCACCGCCCAGCAGGCAAGCAGCAAGCAGAGCAGCCCGCACCGGAGAACUUCGUCCACUCAGUUCUAGCAACGCUACAUCAGGACGCACGAGGGCUUAAUUUCCGUCGCUAGCUAGCAAUUGAUUAGUAUCAAUAAGAUCUAAGGUGCACUGGUAGUUGGAUUUUGGCUUCAAUUGACUCAACUGCCCGAUCGAUAUGCCAGCGCGUGGGCUUUACUUGCGUUGGCUGAUCCGUUCAUCUCGUGUGCAUUUCUCUGCAUGUAUUGCUGCGUGCACUGGUUGGCCUGGAUGCCCGGACCGGAGCACACGCGACCUGCCUAUGAUUAAUUGUGCUGCAGAAUACCUUCAUUAAUAAUUCUGAAUCGCAAUUAAA